GCACACUAAACACUUUUUGCAAAAUAGAAAUCACAUUAAUCCCAUUCUCUACCGAGGCCCCAACAAACCAUCUUUUAUAAGUGUUGAUAUAGAAAAUUGUUGAUGUCUGUACGCGAAAAACGAGGAUACAGGUGUCGGCUUAUUUUGUCAUGGCGGGUGUAAGCGUGGUCCCAACAAUGGCGAGUGAACCGGUGAGUAUGAUCGAGCACAACUCCGAAGAACCAUUGAUCAAACAAGUGAAGCCAGAGAAAAAUCUAGAGCAAGAAGAAGGGAUAGACGAUCAGCUGACCCUGUCCCAGUACUUCAUGAACAAAUCAAGCUCCUCUGUUUCUCCCUCUAUGGGAACUCCUCUUGUCGGUGAAGCCUCAGCCACCACCAAUAGGAAACGAGCAAGGGUAAUGAUAAAAGACAGAUGUAAGAAAUCUGCAACUCAUUCUUCACCUACCAUGCAGAAAGCAAAGGCCUUUCAAGCCAGUCUUGAUCCAACCCAACCAAGCUUUAUUAAAUUACUGAGCCGUUCCCAUGUUACACAUGGAUUUUGGUUGGGCCUUCCAGCGGAUUUCUGUAGAAUGUACUUACCCCCUCAUGAUCAUACAAUACCAUUGGAGGGUGACAAUGAGAAGCAGUAUGAGGCCAAAUUCAUAGCAGAAAGACAAGGACUUAGUGGUGGAUGGAGAGGAUUCUCCCUUGCCCAUAACUUGCAAGAAGGUGAUGCAGCUGUCUUUCACUUAGUACAGCAAUAUAAAUUCAAGGUUUACACAGUGAGAGCAGUGCAUGAAAGAUCAUAUCUUGAAGAAAAUUGUCAAAAUGAUGGCCAGCCAGAAACGAAUUAUGAGUUAGGGGAUGAAGGAUUCAUUUUUGAGAAUGAUAAGGAGGAUUCCCCUGCAGAAACUAAGGAUGGCAGUUCCACCGGAUCUUUUGUGGACUUGAAAAAGUUCAGCAUUGUUGUAAAUGAGUGCCCAAUGGACUCGAAAUUCUCCAUCUCAGCACGUCAGAAAUACUAUGAGCUGUGUUGUGCUCAGAAAUCAUAUCUACAUGAUGGAUUUGCUGAGAACAUUAACUAUACGUUGGCUGUUGGGAUCAUCUUGGAAACAGUUAGCAUAGCUGACAAUAUCAAAGCUUGUACCCUUUCCACACCGUUGACUGAUUUCAAGAGUUGGGACAACACAUUAUCUGGCUUUAUGCAUUUGGGUAUGGACGUUGGUUUUCUGCAAGAGCGAUUAAGCAAACUUUCAACUCGUGCAAUUGAAUUUCAAGGUUCCCAUGAAGCAAGUAGGCAUUGUGAAAUCAUAACUGAAGAAAAUAAUUUGAACAAAGAAAUUGAAUCUGUUGAGAGGAAGCUUAUGGAACUAAAAGAAGCCUUGAUGGAUGUUCAAGUUGAAAAAGAAGCUCUUGAGACACAAUUCCUGAUAUACGACAUGGUUUUCUGCGGGAUGGCUAAAAGUCCUUGGUGAUCUCACAAGUCUUCCCUCUAAUCUGUUUGAGGCAUAUAUACUUGACCUUUAUAUUAUAUGACUUAGUUGUGUACAUAAUGUAUUGGGCAUCCUCUGAUCCAUUUCUAGUCUAGAAGAAAAAGAAUGUAAGAUUCAGGCAGGAAGCUUCUGUUUCAGUGUUUGUUUUAGCUAUGUAGUGAUUAGCCAAGUUAGUAGAAGGCUUAGAUGUUCAUUACUUCAUUUCCUGGUCCAAAUCUGGAUGGAACUUUGGUACUGUAUGAAUUUUGUGCUAAUGGUUAAUCUAUAAUUACAAUUAUGUA